AUGUUUUCUACAGCGCAAGAUCGAAUAGCUUUACGGGGUUCAAGCAGCCCAUGUGAGGGCCGUCUAGAGGUUUACCACGAUGGUCAGUGGGGUUUGGUUGGCCAUCAUGGCUGGAAGGAUGCAAACGGUAUUGUAGUGUGCAAGUCUUUAGACUGCGGUGUUCAUAAGAAAUCUGGGAUUUUACAAAAUACCUACCUGAAAAACCAACCUGAAAACUUUUUGAUGGAUGAAAUCCUUUGUACUGGGAAUGAGAAAUGGCUCUGGCAGUGCCCUUUCAGCGGCUGGAGUAACACUCAUUGCCUCAGAAAAAACUUUGUUUCAGUCGUUUGCUCAGGGAAUAUUUCUCUGAGUCUGAAACUAAAUGGGAUGACAAACGACUGUGCCGGCGUGGUCCAGUUCACGAUAUCGAACAGCAUUAUUAACGUGUGCGACGAGAACUGGAAUGACGCCGUAGCGAAUAAGAUAUGCCAAGAACUUAAUUGUGGGAAUUAUCAGAAACGUGUUCCCAGCACAUUUAAUCCGAGAAAAAGUCGAUACAGCGUGACACUAAACUGUACCGGCAAUGAAGACUUCUUGUGGCAGUGUGCGGCCAAUUCAUCAUGCCAAACAGAAAUCAGCAUCAUCUGCACAAAUCAUAAUCAUAUCCGUCUGUACGGUGGUCCUGAUAUCUGUGAAGGAUUUUUGGAGAAGGAGAACAUCACUGAAGGAAAGUGGGUUAAUGUAAAUGAAGGAGAGUUUGAUUCCAACAUGGUUGAUAACAUGUGUGCUAAGAUGAAGUGUGGCACUGGCAUUAAUGUGAAACCAGGCAAUAAAAGCAUAAGCACCUACCUUAAAUGCUCAGAUCGUGUCAAGAUACAGCUAGAAAACAGUAUGAAAACGCCAUCACUGUGUUAUGGGGAAAUCUAUGUAAAUGUAAAUGGCUCUCACAAUGCAGUGUGCAGCAAAGAUACGACUACUUACAUGAAGAUUGGUGAGGUGGUGUGCCGAGAGUUACAGUGUGGAAACGCCCUAACUGUGGUGAAUGGCUACUUAGGAAAGCAAGGUCAAAUCAGUCUUCAUGGUUGUAAUGGACAGGAAAAAUCUCUGUGGGAAUGCAACCACCAAUAUGGCAAAGUUGGCAGUUGUCAAACCAUCAAUAUUGUAUGUUCAGCCUCUCUGGACAUGCGUCUGAGCAACGGUCCUGACAAGUGUGCAGGCCAACUGGAGGUGAAAUAUUCUGGUUCUUGGAGGACCAUAAGCUCUACAGGUUGGACAAAGCAGAAUUCAAACAUGGUGUGUCAACAUCUUGAAUGUGGAGAAUCGAUGGAUAGCAAUCAAUAUCACUUUGUCAAGAGCAACUUACUUAUGCUGAAAUGGACGCUGAAAUGCAGUGGCCGUAGCAUCUUUCAAUGUACCGUGGAAAACAAUGAAAAUAUUCAACAGAAUUCAGCUGUCAACAUCCUCUGCAACAAGCAUGAGCUCUGGUUUCUGCAGGGAAGCUCAACAUGUGAAGGGAAAGUGAUGGGUGAAAAAAGUGGAUAUUUACAAAACAUAAGCAAUGAAAGGGCUGAUGAAGUGUGCAAAAGAAAUCUUUGUCAAGGUGUGCAGAUCCUGAAAAGUGACCACAGCAACAGCAUUAUAACAUCAACUGUCUACCCUGAAAAUGCAACCUCACCUAACAACGGUUCCAUGAAUUUAACCACAUCAACAAACCCUCAAGAUGAUUAUGUGAAAUGCUCAGGCUCUAUGGAGGUGCGGUUGCAGAACAAGUGCCUGGGGAAGGUUCUGGUGUGUUCGAAUGACGACUGUGGGGUGUGUGCGGAGACGUGGACAGAUCAGCAGUCAGAAAUGCUCUGUAAAAUCCUGGGCUGUGGGCAGAUGAUCAAAGAGACGUACAAGGGGAAAACAAUGGCUGGAGUGACCGUGGCCAGUGUACACUGUUCUAAAACAGCAGAAAACUUCAACCAGUGCAACUUCAUACAACUUAAAGACACUUCCUUAUGCCAAAUGCCAGCCUACGUUGCCUGCACAGGGAGCGUGAAUGCUGUGCUGCAGGAUCCGAGAGAUAAGUGCGCUGGAAUCCCGAUGCUAUUUUACUCUGGAGCAAAUUUCCCACUGUGUACAAACAGCAUGAACAAACAGACACAGGAUAACAUGUGUGCAAACUUUGGCUGUGGAGAAGCUCUCAGUUUCAACGAGUCUAUCAGACGCUUAUCAACAAGCCUGGGAUUGACACAGAUCACUUGUCAAGAUACAAAUAUUACUAAAUGUAACUUCUCUACAACUAAAAUACAAACUUGUGAAAUUGGCCAUCUUAAAUGCACAGAUUGGAGAAGGUUGGUCGUCAUCAACCACGAAGACGCCUGUAAAGGUGAAGUCUACCUCCAGAAUGAAAAGCAUUUAAAUGCAGUGAGCAAUGAUGAUUGGAAAAAUCAGGAAAGAAACCAGCUGUGUAAAUAUCUCGAGUGUGGGAAAUCCUCUGAAAUUGACAAUGGAGUAGAAAUGAACGUGUAUUUAGUAGAUACGAAAAAGUCUUUCUCGAGCCGGAGCUUCAGUUGUCCUGCGAAACCUAACAGCAUCUGGGACUGUGAGAAUGAAAGUGCAUCUGUGAAGAAUUCACAUCAACUCCACAUCAGCUGUACAGAUGAGCCUAAAAUGACACUUGAAGGCAACUGUACAGGUGUGGUGUGGCUUAACAACGAGCCUGUGUGUUACAAGUCGGAGAAGACAGACUACGUCCUCAACGACUUUUGUUAUCAGCAGGGCUGCAGCUCGUUGUUCAAAACCUGGUCCACCAAUCAUGACAGCGAUGCACGUUUCCUGAGAUGCACAUCAGAUGAAAGCAAGCUGUGGCAGUGCAACUCAGGAAAAUCUCAUUGCCAGACCGUCGUCUCGGUGGCGUGUGCAAAGGCACUGAAAUGGAAAUUCAGCAGAACUUGUGGAGGAUAUCUUCUAGUGAACUACGGCAGAGAUUGGGAAUAUGUCUGUCCUCUGAAGAACAACAAAGAUGCAGAUUGGAUAUGUAGAGAUCUGAAAUGUGGAAAAAUCAGUUCAUUUGAUGAUGAGGAAGAUAAUAAAGUCACAGAUAUUAGUAUUAACUGUAACCAUGCACCUAGCAAAUUAAUGCACUGCUUCAAAUCAGGAAAAGAGGUCUGCAAACUGAAGGCUAAAUUUUUUUGUGACGAUUAUUAUAAGCAUCUGCCACAAAGACAAGCAACUGGAUCGAUCAUAUGGAUUGUGAUGGGACUCAUGCUGCUAAUGGUGGCUUCGAUAGUUAUGUACUGGAACAGAAAAACUAUAUGCACCAUAUUUGCAAGAUGCAAAUCUUCAGCAGAAGACUCUGACAUAGAGAUCAGCGAGAAUGAAAUGCAGAAUCUGAAUGAAAAAGUUGCAAGAUGCAAUUCUUCAGCAGAAGACUCUGACAUAGAGAUCAGCGAGAAUGAAAUGCAGAAUCUGAAUGAAAAAGGCGUGUUUGAAACAGAUGACUAUGAUGAUAUUGCUGCCACUGUGGAAGAUAACCAAAGUGAUGGCUCCUCUGAACUUGAUGAGGAGGAUGCGAGCUCAAGUCAAGGCUCCUCUGGGACCGAAUAUGAUGAUGUUGAUGAAGAAAAUGUCAUAAAAACAGCAGGCAGCAGCACCAUUGACCCAAUCCUUCCACCCAGACCUAACAACUUACCUGACAACGUGACGUUUGAAACUGAAGUGGAUCCAGAGGAGGGCUAUGACGAUGUAAUGUUACCUCAGACAGCGGACAGUGAGCAAAGAGAGAAAAGAGAAAGCUUCGAUAUCCCUGAUCUAUCAUCAGAUCCACCAUUAUCGGUGUGUAAUGAUGAGGCCAAGCCUCAGAAAGAUGAAUAAUCAAGGUCAUUUUUCUGUUUUUGAUAAAUUCACAUGAUAUGUUCUGUGUAAUAGCACUGGAACUAGCAUGAACAGCAAAAUAUAUCAAUAAAAUAUGAAUGUGCCUUAAUUGUAAAUGCUAUUCUGCUAUCUGGCAGCAAAAUUUAGGUUAAACUGUGUAUUUACACAAAUCAAAUGAUUAGGAUGUGGAAGUUUAAAAUCUUACUUUUUCUUUUGUAAUUCAUUUUCUAAAAUGUGUACAUAUAUAAUACCUUAAAUAGUGUUGUGUUAUUACCUGAAUAACCCAGAUCCAUCAUUUUAUUUUAAUCU